AUGGCGCACGCUGGAAGAUUGAAGCGGUUCUUGGCAGACAAGGGCUAUGGCUUCAUCGAAAACUCUGAUGGCUCGGGCGAUGUUUUUCUGCACUCCUCCCAGCUGAUCGAGGGCGAUCCGGACGACUUGGUUCAGGGGGUUGAGAUCGCCUUCGACAUCGAGGAAGACGCACGCAGCGGCCGGACCAGAGCCACCAAUGUGGCCGUGAAGCACAGUGCCGGCAAGGGAAAGGGUAGGCCAGCCUGGGACUGGGAGGAGCCUGCGGCUGCCCAGAACAGCCUUUGGGAAAGGACCGAACACAUGGACCACAUGGAGCUGGGAAGACUCCUACGCAAAUCGGGGCAGCAACUCAUGGGGCAGGGAAAGAGCAUCUCCGGUGCACCAGUAUGCAGCGUCCUUUUGGCGGAACAGGUUCUCAGUAGGUUCUCUGACUUAGAAGCUGUUUGUGCUUCUGUUCAAAGUCUAGUCUUCCCCACGCGCUUCGAAACGGAGCUCGCCGAUUGGCUCCUGGGCCUGGAUCGAGGUCAAGGGGAGAUGCGGCAGUUCAAGGAGGCGAUCUCCUGGCAUUACAGCAGCUGGUCUGAGUUCAUUAACGGGGCCAUCGAGGAUUUCGACUCCCAGCCUUUCAAGCUGGAUGAGGGCUUCCUCUGGAAAAUCAGGCUCCAUGAGACAGGCCAUAGCAUCCUUCUGGCCACAGGCCUAAGGAAGUUGGUCGACCAAGGGCUGCAUGAAGCCAAGGCAGGAAGUGACGCCGCAACAUCGCAGCCGGAUUCAGGGAGGGAGGCGCAGCCCGAAGCGGAGGACACUGACAGAGACAGCGGUGCCGAAGAUGAAGAUUGUAUCCGCGUCUUCGUUUGCAUCAUGGCUCGCGGAGUUGAGCUGACGCUGAGCCUGCCUGUGGACAGCACUAUUGCCCAGGUAAUGGCCAAGUUGGAGGAGCUCGAGGGCGUGGAGCAUGGUGCUCAGCAUCUCUUCUCAUCGUCGCAGUCCUCGAAGCUUGAACCCGAGGAGCUGGUGGUUGACGGCACGCAGCUCUUUCUGUCGAGCCUGGAAGAUGUGCGCAUGCUGUCGCUGCUGCCUGAGCACAUUCGACCCCAAUUGAACUCUGCCUGCUUGGUGGAUGUGGUGCUGGACUUGGACCGGAAACCUGUGGUCCACGAGCGAGAUGACCAGGGAAAUCUCCGCAAGCGCGUGCUGGACGGCUGCCCACUCGUCACCCAAGGCGACUUGGAUGCCGCAGAAGCCCACGAGUUACUGGCAGGACGAUGGACGAAGGACAACCGGUCGGGGAUUUCGGGCACCCUCCACCGGGUCGCGCGCAUUGUCGACCACUAUGGUGGCGGAUCUUUGACGGGGCUGACGCUGCGCAUGGCACACCCCAUGUAUGGCCUCACGGAGAAGGUGCCGCAGCUGCGCAGAGUGAUCGAGGAUGGUAAAUCUUUGCUGGUUCUCGGGCCCCCCGGCUCUGGCAAGACGACUCUGUUGCGCGAAGUGGCGCGCUCUCUCAGCGAAGAGUUCAAUCGGCGCGUGUUUGUCAUCGACACCUCUAGCGAGAUCUGCGGGUUCGGCAGGAGCGCGCAUGUCGCGGUGGGCCGGACGACGCGGAGGAUGCAAGUAGCGGACCGCAGUCUCCAGCACAAGGACAUGCUCGAAGCGGUGCAGAAUCAUACACCGGAGGUGCUUGUCAUCGACGAGAUCGGAAGCCAAGAGGAAGUGGAGGCUGCCUGCCGCAUCGGUUUCAAAGGCAUCUCAUUAGUCGCCACGGCCCAUGCGAACAACUUGAAGGAGGCCAUGGACAACGUCGCACUGCAAUCCUUGUUCGGUGGCUUCCAGACGAGCACGGUGGCAGACCAAACGGCCCAGAGAUCAGCAGAUGGCCGCAAGUUCGUGGUGCAGCGCCGGAGUGCGCCGGUGUUCCGCAGCCUCGUGGAGCUUGGCCGGGGGUCUGGCGACGAGUGGGUGGUACAUGAAGACUUGGAAGGCGCCGUGGAUUUGAUUCUGGCCCGAAAGCCUGCCCUGGGCUCGAGGGUGCCGGCGCCCGGCGCUCACUCGCGAACAGCCGGGCCGGGAGCCUCUCGCUCUCUCCCGGGCAAAGACCCGACUGCUCAGGAAUCCGCUGGAGCAGAGACCCCACUUGCAAGGGGGCAUCCUGCCACAAGAGCUCCAGAGGCUGCAGCCCUUGGCCCGGAUGAGAUCGAAGCCCGGCGCUCCAUGCGCGAUCGCGAGAUUUCAGGACGGGCUUACCGCUUGUGCUUUGACGGUGGUGUGGACGGCGGCAAUGCUGGGCCCGGCGGCGCAGGUGCCAUUCUGCGUCGGCUGCGUGCGGGCACGGGCCAUCCGGAUCGAAGAACCAGCAGGACGUGGAUGCUGUACCAUCCAAGAUCCUGCCCCGAGCUCAUGGAGUACGCCGGACUCUUGAUUGGCCUGCGUGGCGUCGAGCAGAUACUGCAGACCUUGCGGCCUGCUCCCGAGGUGAUUCUGAUCGAAGGCGAUUGCAAGUUUGUGGUGGACCGGCAUAGUGGAGUUGGCACAGCCAGGGGCUUGCGCAGCGAGCAUCCCGAUGUGGAAGCCAAGAUGGACAGAUUGGCACAGCUGGUGGAAGAGGCCGUGCAGCAGAUCGCGAAGAAGAACGUCACUGUCGACAUGGUGAAGUGGCGGAAUCGCGGCCGAAACAAGGCUGCAGACCGCCUCUCGCACGAAGCACGGGACUGGAAGCGCAGCACGAUCGAGCUUGGCCCAGAGGUCCUUGGCCUCCUGAACUCCUUCGAAACCGGCCCAGUUCCUACUGCAUGGCAUGUGAAGGCGCAGCAUCCCAUGCUUCGCAUCAGCAAUUGCACGGUGAUGCACCCUCAGCAGUCUUUCGGAUUUGUUGGCAUGGAGCUGACGCCCGACUCGGCCGAUGGAUCGUUCAGCCUGUCGGUUCGAGUGGAUGGGGGCUGGAGCAAGCUCGACUCGUUUUUGCUGGGUUUGGUGCCCUCUGACACCAUCGACUUCACGAGAGCGCGUGAGGGCGUCGCCGGCGAAAUUGGAUUCUGGUUCAGCCCCAAGUCCGGCACAGUCUGCGGGACGCUGGAGGGGCAGAAGGCCCAGUUCAUACUGCCCUCUCUAGCUGGGAUGCCGUGCGACAGGGUGGGACUCGGAUUAGCCAAAGACAAGAAGAAAGCACCGCUUCUUCCGGGCACCAGGUGGGGGAUGACGUACAAGCGAGGAGGCCUGGAGCUGUUCUUGGCGAUGCCUGGCGAUGCGCUGCAGUCACUCGGGCACGUGCAAUGGCCCUGGGGCGACACCCUGCCUGAGCGCCGAUACUCAGCGGCGCUCCUCUUCAAGCCCAGGCGAGGCGGCUCUGGUUCUGGAGUGGUCGGCUGGGGCAAAGGAAGUGGACGUCGAUCACAUCCUCCUUUGUGUAAUGGUGCUCCUGACGGGCCUCCCAUAAUUUCCAGGGAUCCUUGCCUGACACUUCUGGGACAGUGGCAUGCCUCUGACAGCUGCGGCUGGACAUGGUACGCUUUGCACCCCGGCCUUGGUUUUCUGGAGCAGCUUUCCGAGGGAGAAGUGCGACAUAUUCAGAGCUGCAGGCGAUGCUUUGAAGGCCACUGUUCGGACCUGGAUGCCGAGAACUUCUGUCGUGGGCUGACGGACGUGGAACUGGCACGCCGCUGGAUACAGUCAAGACGGUCCUUUAUGGUGGACACUUACCUCCCAAUACAAUCUGUGAGCCCGGGAAUUCGAGUUUCUGGAAGGAAAAUCUAUCAUCCCCAGUGUCGCCUCAAGCAUGAGUGGGUGCAGUUCACGGCUACGUUCUCCGAUUGCCUUGCUGUGGGACUGGGGGGACAAUGGAGCAACAAUGACAGCUUUCUCAUUGGAGUUACUCCCGCAGAGUGCAACUUUGACCCCGCUGCUCAUCCUGCUGACCUGGGAUUUUUCUUCGCGCCCCGAAGUGUCAGCAUGCUAGGCCUAGAUGGCACAAACUUCUCCUGGCCUUCGGAGCUGCAAGCAGCUUGGGAGCGACAGAUGACUGAAGAGGGCUUCGACUGUGAAAUGAAUGACUUUUCUCGUCACGGUGAGGGCUGCUGUCUAGCCACCUUCCAGGGUGCUGCAUGGUGCAUCAAGCGCUCCAAGCUUAACGAGCUUGAGAUUUACUAUCUGCAUGAUGAUGAAUGGGCAAAGGUGGGCGUGGCACCCUGGAAGUCAUCGCUCCUAAAAACAUGGAAGCGCUGGCACUUCACCAUCAUCUUCAAAUCUCGACAGAGACAUGGUGUCCCCUGGGGUGGAAUACACAAUAGGAAGGGUGUUGGGAAGAGCCAACGAUGCAACAGACAACUUCCUUUUCUCAACGUGAUGCUUUACGAGGAGUUGGUGGGAGAAAUCGUUCGCCCUUUUCCUUCAACCUGCGUCAACGAGGAUGGCUUCACCGUAAUGGGCUGGGAGAGCGGCAAAACCCUUGUGGAGCCAAUGCAGCUGCAGCGUCCCGAAGUUGACGAAGACGGCGAUGAAGAGUGGAGUCGAGAGGCCAUGACUCGCGACAACCUGUCCAUGAGGCAAGGCGAUGGAGCCGGAGUCCGCUUUGACAUUCAUCCCAAACGCAGGCCGCUAGGACGACCGCCGCCAGAGUUCUCUGAUCUCUGA